AUGGAAGAAGAGCUCUCACAAAUCAGACUUGACGAGAUAGUAAAAAUCAUCACUGGUGACGAGCAGGUGUUUUACAUUGAAAAAUGCUAUGCAGACAUGUCGUAUAAUAUGAAAUGUGGGCUGAACUGUGUGAAUAUGGAGAGCAUCAACAAAGAAUUUAGGUUUCCCGAUAUCAGAGGUGAGGUCAUGGAAAAAGUAAUCCAGUAUUUGCACUAUAAGCUGAAGUACCAGCAGCUUUUGGACAGAGACGUAGUCAAAAUGAACCAGGUCCCAAAGUUUGAGUUAGACCCAGAGCUUGCCUUGGACGUUUUAAUAGCUGCUAACUAUCUUCAAUGUUAA